CAAUGCCCGAUAACGUUAUAUUUUUUCUCUGGAUUCCAUACCCUUAAGACGUUUAGUAGGACCAAUAACCAAGAAUGAAUUUUGGCUGUGUUGUUUUGGGUUUAUUGUUCAUUGAAGCUGUACAUUCCCUUAACCUGACGUCCGUAGAUCAGCACUCUGAACUCGCCAAUCUGAAACAGGAAGUCAGUAAUCUGAGGCUUGCCAUGGCGGCGUUGAAUUCUACAUUUAAUUCCGAGUUGUUGAGAUUGAACAAUGCAUUAGCUACCAGGCCACGUAUAGCCUUUACAGCGUGCCUAGGAACAGCCCCAAAAGUUUUAGGAUUACAUCAAUCUAUUGAAUUUGAUCAUGUGAUUCUCAAUGAAGGCGGAGCUUACGACCCACGGCACGGAGUAUUUCAGGCACCUGUUAGCGGAGUGUAUCAAUUCAUUUUGACAUUUGUCAAUGAUGCACAACAUGGGGCGUUCAUUGAAAUAGUCAAGGAAGGUGUGCAAUUGGCUUAUUCUUAUAGCGAUGAUGGUAAUUACCAUUCAAGUAUCGUACAGGUCAACAUCAAGGUCGACGCAGGACAAGAUGUCUGGUGCAGAAACGCAUACCCUUCAAGUCCCAAUUUAAGUUACCUAAAUGGAGAUGGGAAGUAUUCUUGUUUUUCCGGACAUAUUAUUUCAUAAAUUUGCUUCUUCAUAACUACUACGUUUUGUGUGAGAAAAUUACGCUUUAACCUAAUAAAGUUUGUACACUUCU